ACUGCGUGCGUCCGUAUGAGACGAGACAAAGCGUCUGAAUCUGUAAUAAGACUACAUACAAAUCGUUGUAAUAACAAGCUGCAGAAGGCGUACAGCAUCGACCACGAGCCUCCACCAAAGCAAUACUGUGUGAAAAAUGGAAAGCACCCAAACGGCAGAGCCUCAGCGUAUGCAGACCUGCAGCAGCACAGGUCUGAAGGCAUCCACAGAAGGUUGUCCCCGGUGUCCAACUACGUCCCCCAGCCGGACUACCUGGAGGGGGAAGAGGACGAGGACCUCAUCAAACCCAAAAAACUUGUGAAUCCUGUUAAAGCCUCAAAGAGUCACCAAGAGCUUCACCGAGAGCUGAUGAGCAGCUGCAAACGGGGUCACGGGGUCAGCGUGGAGAUGAAGCCGGAGCUGCAGAGAGUUCUGGAGUCCAGGAAGAGAGAUCAGCUGAUCAAACAGAGGAAACAGGAAGAGGAAGCUCACAGGAAAAUUUCUCCUCUGGAGGCCGAACUGCUGAAGAGACACAGGAAGCUGGAGGAGUUGGAGAGACAGCAGGAGAAGGAGCAGCAGGAAAACCUGAAAGCUCCAGAGUUCGUCAAAGUGAAAGAAAAUCUGAGAAGAACGUCCAUUCACAGUAAAGAGGAGAAGGAGGUAUAGAGAUGGAGCUGCUGUCCCACAGGAGACAUAGAAACUGAGAACCAGACUGCAUGAGGACACAAACUGACACUAACACUCUGAGGACAGUCUGAGGACACACUGACACUAACAAAAAGUUACUGAGGACACAAAGAGGACACAGUGAGGACAGUCUGAGAACACAUUGAGGAAAAACUGAGGACACAGUGAGGACAGUCUGAGGACACAGUGAGGACAGUCUGAGGACACAGUGAGGACAAACUGAGGACACACUGAGGACAGUCUGAGGACACAGUGAGGACAAACUGAGGACAUAGUGAGGACACACUGAGGACAGUCUGAGGACACACUGACACUAACACUUUGAGGACAUAAUGUCCAGAACGGCUGUGAUGUCUCUUCGGGGAGAGACACAGUUUGAAGGAGGAGAAAUCAGGUCCCUUUUGAGUUUGACUGACAGAUUACCAGACUCGUCUCACCUGGUGGAUGACUGUUACCAUGGAAACAAACAACCACGUUCUGCACAGAAGGAAGGACAACAAUAAAAACCUGAAAGAUUUGAUUUAUUAUCAGUUUAUUUUUUAAUCGAUAGGCUCCGAUAAUCAUUUGUGUUAUUAUCAGAUAAUUUAAUUAAAAAGAUGUUUAAUUGCGAGAUUAAUAAUUUGUGCGUAUGUUAUAAUUAUGAAAUAUAGAAGAUCUGAAGACGUUUGUUUUUAUUAUGUGGUUCAGAAGUCCUAAUUAUGAGAAAAAUUUUAUAUAUCAUAAUGAAAGAUAAUUUCAAUCAUUCAGACGUCAUUAAAACUUCUUUCAUACGUUAUUGGUUGUUUCAUAAUAAAGGCAAACAUUCUGUAGUAAUCAAUCAUUUUAAAUCAUUUUUUACGUGAAAUUGUGCGAAAGCGCUUGCGCUGCGACGCCAUCGCCUCCGUGUGACAAAUGUUCUUCUUGUGCCUCAAACUGUACCUGGACGAUAUUUUUCAGGCAAUAACAAGUAAAACUCAUUAAUCACUUUAAUCACAUUCAUAAUCAGCAGCAAGAGGAAACCUCUUGUCUCUCGUAAAGAUGUUAAUUACAUAUAAUUACAACACAGACAUCGUUAUGAGAACUGUAUCUGAGAUCAUUAUUAAAAUAUCCAACAUCAUUAUUAGAUCUUUUGUUGUAAUUCUGAGAUAAUCAGUAGAUAAACUGUUUUUGCUCUCACAGACUGAAGCCUUACGUUAUUGUUAUAGUAAAUUAAAAUCAUGUUGAGUUUCCUUAUCAAUUCAGAAUGUAACUAGUAAUUAGAUAUUUUUAUUUCUGUUUGACUUUGUUAAUUUCCUUUUGUGGCUUUUGAAGCAACAAUUGUUCUGAUUAACGUGUUCACACUGACAACAAUAAAGAACAAUAAUCCUGA